ACCGCGGCGGCGGGGGAGCCCCUGUGCCCGCACAGCGAUGGAGCGGAAGAGGUGGGAGUGCUCAGCUCUCCCCCAGGGCUGGAAAAGGGAAGAAGUGACCAGAAAGUCGGGUCUGUCAGCCGGCAAGAGUGAUGUCUAUUACUAUAGCCCGAGUGGAAAGAAGUUCCGAAGCAAGCCUCAGCUAGCCCGCUACCUGGGGAGCUCCGCGGACCUGAGCACUUUCGACUUCCGAACAGGGAGAAUGCUCAUGAGUAAGAUGAGCAAGAAUCGGCAGAGGAUGCGCUACGACUGCUCUAACCAAGCCAAAGGAAAACCAGAUUUAAAUACAGCACUCCCUGUCCGGCAGACGGCGUCCAUCUUCAAACAACCUGUUACCAAGAUUACUAACCAUCCCAGCAAUAAAGUAAAGAGUGAUCCACAGAAGGCUGUGGAUCAGCCUCGACAGCUUUUUUGGGAAAAGAAACUAAGUGGAUUGAAUGCCUUUGACAUUGCAGAAGAGCUUGUGAAAACAAUGGAUCUUCCUAAAGGUUUACAAGGGGUUGGCCCAGGUUGCACUGAUGAAACCCUCCUCUCUGCCAUUGCCAGUGCUUUGCACACGAGCACAAUGCCCAUCACUGGGCAGCUCUCAGCAGCUGUCGAGAAGAACCCUGGGGUAUGGCUUAAUACCUCCCAACCACUCUGCAAAGCCUUCAUGGUGACUGAUGAAGAUAUCAGUCAGGAAACAGGAAGAACUCGUGCAGCAGGUGAGAAAGAGGCUGGAGGAGGCCCUGAUGGCCGACAUGCUUGCUCACGUGGAAGAGAUUGCCAGGGAUGGGGACGCCCCUGGAGAGAAGGGGGCUGCAGAAGAGGAGGAGGAGGAAGAGGAGGAAGAGGAGGAGCAGGACCAAGACCACGAGAUGGAGACUGUAUAGUCCAGGAAGAUCCAGCCAAGAUUGACAUGUAAAGCAGCAGCAGGGCCAGCACAACCAUUCCCAAAGCCAGGCGUGUCCAAGGACUAACCCAUAUCUACCAUACUUAGGAACAAGCUCCCUUGACCACUAGAGGAAAGAGUUGGGCAUCCGAGAGUAACUAUUUACUCUUCUGAAAGACAUUUCCCCUCUUUUCCCUUCCCACAUCAAAGGUGGGGAGGAGCUACACGGGUUUGUGCUAGACACACAAUCUCCCCUUCUUAUUUAGGGGUCACUAAUUCAGUAUGGUCAGUUUUCCCAGGGCUUUGGUACCUUUUACCUUUUGACCUAGGUUCAGCAUUUUCUCUCUCCUUCUGGGUCUUUUUUAAAGUAAGAGAGGUUCUUCGUUGCUUGGCCUCUCCCCAGUAACCUGCUUGAUAAUCUCCAACUCUUAAGAGCCCAUUUUCAUCUUUCAGAUUGUUGUUCCAUAUGUGAAUUCAGGUCAUUGAAUUUUAUGCCCAGACUGAUCUCGGGGAAGGGCAGGGAGUCAAAUAAGGGUGUGACACUCUUCCAACCUGCUUUUCCCAAACCCAAUGUCAGAAUUUCUUUAUGAAAUGUUUAGAACUGAAGCUAGUAUAAACUGGGAAGAUCUGCAGGAAUCAGAUUCACCUGUCCUGCUAAAUGUCUUCAAACUUACUCUACUUCUGUAUUGUCCUUACUUUUUUCUGCGUUGUGGAACUAAGCCGCCAACAGAGACAUGCUCCUAGAGUAGUCUGUUCCCGGGGUCCUCAGCAUCCCAUCGGUGGGGUAGCAGAAGAGAGAAGUGGUCUAUGAAAAUGCUCAGUGUGGUUACUCCAGUGAGGUUGGGGAAUGCUUCCAAGCAAAACAGAAGAUCCAGUGGUAAGAAGAGAGAGACUUGAUUCUGGUGCCAGGACUUCCGCCCCUGCAGGAGAGGAGAUGUGGAAGGCAUCACCUUUAGUUUGUUUGCAUGACUACACAGUACGUGAAGCUGUGAUAGUCUCACCCUCCUUUUUAAAAAAAGUUCACCUUUCUUUAAUAAAUUGAUAAUAUCAA